UCUAGUUCAGGUGUGUGUGUGUCUAUAAAUCCACACCCAUUUUUAACCAGAAACAUCCAGAAUACACUUCCAGCAAGAGCACUGACUAUUUCAGUUCUGAAGGAUUCUUGAGAAGACAUGAUGUCACACUCAGCUCUGGUCCUCUGCCUCUUAUUCACCACAGUUUCUUCCAACCUUGCCAUUGCUAUCAAAAAGGAAAAGAGACCUCCUCAGACACUUUCAAGAGGAUGGGGAGAUGACAUCACUUGGGUGCAGACUUAUGAGGAAGGUCUCUUUCAUACUCAAAAAAGUAACAAGCCUCUGAUGGUUAUUCAUCACUUAGAAGACUGUCAAUACUGCCAAGCACUAAAAAAAGUAUUUGCCCAAAAUACAGAAAUACAAGAAAUGGCUCAGAAUAAUUUCAUCAUGCUGAAUCUCAUGCAUGAGACCACAGAUAAGAAUUUAUCACCUGAUGGACAGUAUGUGCCUAGAAUCAUGUUUGUGGAUCCUUCUUUAACAGUCAGAGCUGAUAUAACUGGAAGAUACUCGAACAGAUUAUAUACAUAUGAACCUCAGGAUUUACCACUAUUGAUAGAAAACAUGAAGAAAGCAUUAAAACGUAUUCAAUCCGAGUUAUAAUAUAUAACCUCUAAGAGGUCAAAAGUCAUGAAGAAAAUCUUCUGGUUAACUGACCAAAACUAAAUGGGUGGGUAUAUGAAUUCUGUAACAUUAUCAUUUAGAUUCUUAAUGUGCUUGAAUAGUCUUAUGAAGGUAAAAUGAUAUUUCAAUAAAAGUCAAAACCUGAGCAUGA